AAAAUAUAUAACCAUAUUUGUUCCCAGGGAAGGAAUAUGGACAGUGAAUCGACUCCUUUGUCUUCAUGGGUUAACCUUAUGGCAGUGGGUUUGUCCUACUUUCCAGCUGUUUAUUCUCUUUAAAACUUGAUAUUUUUAUGCUAUCUGUCCCAAAAUAAUGAUGCAGUCUUUUCACAUUUGACCAGACUAUGCUCGAUGAGAUGGAGUUUAGAAAAUGUGUAUUUCUGCUUAAAAACAGAAUCAAGCCUCAGACAAAUUAAAUGGAGUGGAAACGAAGCAUGUAUAUCAACACAGUGUUUGUCUAAGAGCCUGAAAAAGUCCCACUUUUUACUCUGUGGAGAUUACGUCCUCAACCUUUUGUCUUUCAGAAUGAAAAUCGCAGACAUGAAAACAUCUCAAGGUAUCCAUAAGUGAAGUUAAUUCAUGUUGUGCCAUAAAUGUGAGACCGUAGAGAGGCAGAAAACAUCUCUCUGUAAAAAGAAACAGGAUGCCGGUGCAGCUGGUUAUUCAAACCUCCAGGCUAUUUAUCUGAGUGAUGGAAUGAGGAAGGCAGAGAAGGAAGCUGUGAAUCACAGACUUUGGUGACUGAAAAAAAAAUGUAUGGCUAUUUAACUGACUCCAUAGAUUUGCAGCAGCUUGCAUUAAUUGCAGUUCAUCCAGAAAAGUGCUAGGCAUCAUAUUUCAGCCUUCGGUCAAAGAGAAACAUGACUCUAAGGGGCCGUCGCUCUCAGCUGUACCCCUCAUUGCUGCUGACGUGGCAACGAUCAUGCCUGCUUCUGUCUGGAGGCUUUCCAAAGCUUCUCUGUGGGCUGAACUAGCCCUGCUGCCACAGUUUCCUCUCUCAUUCCAAAGUACACGUUUUUCACUGAAGUUUAAUUGCUUCCUGCUCAACAAAUUUUGUGGUUUUCUUGCUAUUGGAAUACAAAAUUUUACAGUAAAACUCCUGGACUAGUAUUCGGGUCUUAUUAUAUCAGUUUGUCACACUCGAAGUGAAACAGGAUGUGGAUGACCAGAGCUGUUGCUCUCUGUUUGCUGGCCUGCGUGGCCUCUGCAGAAGUCAAGAAGCUGAGCAGCCAUGCUAACACGCUAGCUGACAACAGUGCCAACUUGGCCUUCAGUUUGUACCACAAGAUGGCCCAGGAUAAAAAUACAGACAACAUUGUUGUUUCUCCUGUUGUUGUGGCAUCCUCUCUGGGGCUGGUUGCUCUCGGUGGUAAGGCCGCCACUGCCUCCCAGGUGAAAACUGUCCUCAGUGCUGACAAACUCAAGGACGAGCACCUGCAUGCAGGCCUGUCGGAGCUCCUCUCUGAGGUGAGUGACCAAAAGACCCGAAACUCCACCUGGAAGAUCAACAACCGCCUCUACGGCCCCAGCUCUGUCUCCUUUGCCGAUGACUUUGUGAAGACCAGCAAGAAGCAUUACAACUACGACCACUCAAAGAUCAACUUCAGGGACAAGCGGAGCGCAGUGAACUCCAUCAAUGAGUGGGCAGCCAAGUCAACAGACGGCAAGCUGCCGGAGAUCACCAAGGAUGUGCAAAACCCAGAUGGAGCCAUGAUUGUCAACGCCAUGUUUUUCAAGCCUCACUGGGAUGAGAGAUUCCAUGAAAAGAUGGUUGACAACCGCGGUUUCCUGGUUACCCGCUCCUUCACUGUCGGAGUUUCCAUGAUGCAUCGCACAGGUCUCUACGACUUCUAUGAGGACAAAGAGAACAAUCUCUACAUCUUGAACAUGCCUCUGGGCAAAAAGCAGGCCUCCAUGAUCCUCAUCAUGCCCUACCACCUGGAGCCCCUGGAACGCCUGGAGAAACUACUGACGAAGAAGCAGGUAGACACUUGGCUGAGCAAGAUGGAGAACAAGGCCGUGGCAAUUUCCCUCCCCAAGAUCUCACUGGAAGUCAGUCACAACCUUCAGAAAUAUUUAGCUGAGUUGGGCCUCACUGAAGCGGUGGACAAGUCCAAAGCAGACCUCUCGAACAUCUCAGGGAAGAAGGACCUCUACCUCUCUAACGUCUUCCAUGCUUCUGCCCUGGAGCUGGACGUGGACGGAAACCCUUACGACACAAGCAUCUUUGGCACAGAUAAGUUGAGGAACCCUAAGCUCUUCUACGUAGACCACCCCUUCAUCUUCCUGGUGAAAGACAACAAGACCAACUCCAUCCUGUACAUCGGCAGAGUGGUUAGACCCAAAGGGGAUAAAAUGCGUGAUGAGCUAUAAUGAUUAAGUUGUGAACCAUGUUGGGUAGAUUUAAUACUUGUGAAUUUCUGUCAGGAAACUGUAUGCGUGAGUGUGUGGAUGUGUUUUUAUUGGUGUGAUUGUUACCUCAGGAGCACAUUCCAAUACACAAUCUGUGGACUGGAUAUCUAAGUACACUAGUUUUUGACAUUUUGAGCUUAGGAUGGCAAAACACACAAUAAUCAGCAUCAGUUGGCUCAAAAGGCAACAUACUUAUAUUAAGUAUGACGAUUUUUAUUUUUAAAUUUCCAAACCUGUUUGGCCACUGAUGGUAUUACCACGUUCCCUGUGUUUUUUCUUGCAUUAUCUUUAAUGUUUAAAGAAAAAAAAAAGAUCUUUGCACAAGUUUCGAUUUGCAGCUCUCAUUCAUUUCUUUAUUUUGCCACCAUCUUGCACUGAAAGGUGGCAGUAUGUGAUGCUGUAUUCAUUAUCAUUUUCCAGCAAUACCCAGUCAUUGUGUCAUUGUAGAUAUUUCCACAAGAAGCUGUUGGAAUAGUGUGACCAUGUGUUAAUGUGUUGUUGUUUUCUCUUUUUUUCCAAUAAAACAAAAGCAAAAAAGA